CCCGGGGGAGGAUCCGGCGUGCUCUGGGAGGCGGCGGUCGCGACCCGGGAGAGGCAGGACUCGGGCGGGAAUGCGGCCCGAACCCCACCCGGCGAGGCGCCCACGGAGAAACGCGCAUCAAGGCAGAAUCACAGCGACAGCUUUGAGAGUUGGACACACAGGCUCCUGAAGUAAUUUCUAGGCCCCAGCCCCAAUCUGCCACCAUUUUGUGCUGCGGGGACACCAUGGCUCCAGAGGAAGACGCUGGAGGGAAGGCCCUAGAGGGCAGUUUCUGGGAGGCUGGCAACUACAGGUGGACGGUGCAGCGGGUGGAGGAUGGGCAUCGGUUGUGCGGGGACCUGAUCAGCUGCUUCCAGGAGCGUGCCCGCAUCGAGAAGACCUAUGCCCAGCAGCUGGCUGAAUGGGCCCGCAAGUGGAGAGGCGUUGUGGAGAAAGGCCCCCAGUAUGGCACGCUGGAGAAGGCCUGGCACGCCUUCUUCACAGCAGCUGAGCGACUGAGCACGCUGCACCUGGAGGUGCGGGAGAAGCUGCAGGGGCAGGACAGUGAGCGUGUGCGCACCUGGCAGCGGGGAGCCUUCCACAGACCUGUGCUGGGUGGCUUCCGGGAGAGCCGGGCUGCUGAGGAAGGCUUCCGCAAGGCCCAGAAGCCCUGGCUAAAGAGGCUGAAGGAGGUUGAGGCUUCCAAGAAGAGCUACCACACAACCCGGAAGGAGGAGAAGACAGCUCAGACUCGGGAGAGUCACGCGAAAGCAGACAGUGCAGUCUCCCAGGAGCAGCUGCGUAAGCUGCAAGAGCGGAUGGAGCGCUGCACCAAGGAGGCCGAGAAGAUGAAAACCCAGUAUGAGCAGAUGCUGGCAGAGCUGCAUCGCUACACCCCACGCUACAUGGAGGACAUGGAGCAGGCCUUCGAGACCUGCCAGGCCACUGAACGCCAGCGUCUUCUCUUCUUCAAGGAUAUGCUGCUCACUUUACAUCAGCACCUUGACCUCUCCAGCAAUGAGAAGUUCCUUGAACUCCACCGAGACUUGCAUCAGGCCAUUGAGGCAGCCAGUGAUGAAGAGGACCUGCGCUGGUGGCGUGGCACCCAUGGGCCAGGCAUGGCCAUGAACUGGCCACAGUUCGAGGAGUGGUCCUUGGACAUACAGAGGACAAUCAGCCAGAAGGAGAAGGGUGGCUGGGACCCUGAUGAGGUUACUCUGACCAGCAUCGUGCCCACAAGAGAUGGCGCUGCACCUCCACCCCAGCCCGUGGGGUCCCCAGGCAGUGGGCAGGGUGAGGAGUGGUCGGAUGAGGAGAGUCCCUGGAAGGCUACCAGUGGGGUACGGGUGCGGGCACUCUACGACUAUGCUGGCCAGGAAGCCGAUGAGCUGAGCUUCCGAGCAGGGGAGGAGCUGCUGAAGAUGAGUGAUGAGGAUGAGCAGGGCUGGUGCCAAGGCCAGUUGCAGAGUGGCCAAAUUGGCCUGUACCCUGCCAAUUACGUGGAGUGUGUGGGGGCCUGACAUAAUCUGACACCCCUUCUGCAACGUUUCUUCAUCCUGAGUCAGAGCCCAGCUUCUCCUGGACAGCUGGACCUGAAGGCCC